GUUUGUUUUCGCCCGCGCAGGUGGUCGGAAAAACUAAGCGCGUUUAGGAUAAACGUUAUGUGGAAGCAGGGUGGGAGACGGUGUGGUCAUUUCGUGAUGCUGUGAACCAUGUUAACCACCAAGGAAUUACAUCCCGUGUUUUAGGAAGGCAUAUCUCCUUACUUUUGACAUUUGAGCUUAGAACGUGGUCUUGGGUGUUACUUAAGCUUGCCGUGUUGUCAGAAGCUUGGUCAUGACUUCCAAGAUAGCUCGGAAAAAAUAGUGAACAAGAGGGAACAUGUUCAUUAAUCGGUGUCAUAAACUACAAGUUUAAACAUGAUAUUGUAAUACUCUGGCCAUUAAAAAGCCGCCCAUUAGGAUGAAGAUGAUGAAUGGUUUAAAGUGGAAAGUGGAACAUUCUCCAAAAACCGCUUUAUGGUAAGGUUUUUUUACAUGCUGCACGGAUAUGAAAAUAGACUGAAAGAAACAGCACACAUGAGCUUUUGAGCACAUUUACGAUGCAUCCGACGGACAACGACAAGAAACGGUGGGAGCCCGGACAAGCGCUCAGCAACUCUCUCUCUAAGAAAGGUUAUAAAAUAAUCAAGAAGAUCGGAGAGGGAACGUUUUCAGAAGUGGUGAAAGUGCAAAAUCUCAAGGACGGGAAGUACUAUGCCUGUAAAAAGAUGAAACAGAGCAUUAACAGCCUGGAACAGGCGCACAACCUCCGUGAAGUCCAAGCAAUGAAAAGACUGAGUCCACAUGCUAACAUACUGCAGCUUCAUGAACUAAUAUUUGACCAGGACAUGCGGACCCUGUCCUUAAUAUGUGAACUAAUGGAGAUGAACAUCUAUGAGUUGAUAAGAGGAAGGCAGAAUCUCUUAACUGAAAGCAAAGUCAAACACUACAUGUACCAGCUUUGUAAAGCUCUGGAUCAUAUGCACAGCAAUGGAAUUUUCCACAGAGAUGUGAAACCAGAGAACAUUUUGAUCAAACAUGACGUCUUGAAACUGGCAGACUUCGGCUCUUGCAGGAGUGUGUAUUCCAAGCCUCCUCACACAGAAUACAUCUCCACCCGGUGGUACCGAGCUCCAGAAUGUCUACUUACAGAUGGCUACUACUCACUCAAAAUGGACAUGUGGAGUGCAGGCUGCGUUUUCUUUGAAAUUAUGAGUUUGAGUCCCUUGUUUCCAGGGAGUAACGAGGUGGAUCAGUUGUCCAAGAUCCAUGACGUUUUAGGAACACCAGAGAGUGCAGUCCUUCAGAAGUUAAAGCAGUCUCGUGCAAUGCAUUUUGAUUUUCUGCCUCGGAAAGGCUGUGGGCUUUCUCAGCUGAUCCCUCAGUGCUCUGCGCCUAGUCUGUCUCUGCUGUACCAGAUGUUGGCCUAUGAUCCAGAUGAACGUAUCAGCGCCCGUGUAGCACUGCAGCAUGUCUGCUUUAGAGAGCUGCGAGUUGUUGUCUGUAGGAUGGCAGAAAGGAGAGCAGUGGGUCUGCACAGGGCCAUGGGGUCUGUCGAGGAGGGCAGUGCGACUCCCAGCUCUGUGGAGCACCUGUGGCGUAUCGCCCGACAGGGUAGGCGACAGCAGCAGCUUAAGUAUGUCGGCGACCCUCUCAGCAGACGUAUGCCCCAUUAUCCUGUGGAGCUACCUAAGCUGAAUGUGGUAGUGCCUGCCCCGAAAGUCCCCUACCCCAUGCCCAGUUUACCAGCUCUGGCCAUACCACACAGAGGGUCCCUGCCAGCUAUCACCUCCAAAAAGUGCCAUUCUCGCUCAACCAAGCCCAGGGAAGAUCCACACCGUUCAGCAUUGAAGAGCUACUACAUGCCCCCUCUGGAGAGGAAAGGAGGAGGCUACUGAAGUGCAGUCUUUAAAUGAGCAACAGACUAUACUAACGUGCAACAGAAAAUUGAGCACUCAUAAAAAUGUAAACCAUGUUUGAGCAUUAAAUUAAAGCAGCAAGCAAUGUCACACUCUGGAGGGAUAAAUUCCAUUAAGUGACUGAACUUUGCUAGUAUUAGGCCUUGGUAAUACCAUGCAGUUUGUGCAAGUGUUUUUAUCAUUUCAACAAAUAGAAAUCAAUUCCAGCAAUUUAAUCUAAACUUGCUCUGUAUUAUGGAUUGCGCCAGCAGUCAGAACCAUUAUAUCCAUGCAUUUGUAACUUCUUGCACCUUCUGCCGGAUUGUAGGUGGUGGUGUGAGGGGGACACAAAGAGGUGGUGGACUUAAAGCUGAAAUGUAUACAGAUGCAUAUAGUGGAAACUGAGGGUACUUCAAAAGAAAAAGAAAUUGAACAGAUUGCUCAUUUUACAUUUGUCAAACAGCUAAAACUGUGUAUUCACAGUGAUAUUUAUGACAGUCAUUUAAAAACUUUGUUAAAGCAAAAUGUCACUGUGCUGAGCGUUUUAUGAAUGUAUACGGUAACAUGCUUUCUCAAACAGACACAGGUUUUUGUUUUGACUUGGAAACGUUGUGUUCUCUGUCCAGAAAAGCAUUUGGCAGAGAAAAUUUUUAAGGUACUUUUUUUUUUUUUUUUAAUUUGAGGGUUAAUAGUGGCAGAUAAAUUUUUUUUUGGGUGGAGUUACCCUUUAAAGGCAAACUCAAAACAAUGACUAAAUAAAAGGGUCAGGUGCUUUUUCCUCC